AUGGUAGUGUUUCGUGACUCCCCUUCGACAGAAACCACACGCACUAUCGACCUCAUCAUGGACCACGAACCACAACGAUGGCUGACGGCGACAAUGGCGUUGGCAUCAACUUUACGGUGGAAUAGUCGCAUGGCAGCAUCCACAAAGACGAAACCCAUCAUCAGCAGCUUGAUCGAAGAAGAUACGACGGAUAAGAAGAAAGAAAAGAGGAAGGGCAACGGUUUCUGGUGGUUGCUGUCGUCGGCGGUUGACGAUGGUGUUCCAGCUUCAGCACGGUGGCAACGUCGGUGGUUGGUGAUCGAACUCGUCAAGGUGGCAGUAACCGACGAUGGGGAUACAAGCCGCCACCUCCUUUCCCCUACCUCCAGCCGCCACUAUCAACUCCGACCACUUAGCACCAUCGAAUGCCCACCAGCAGCUCUUAUUGCUGGUGAUAACAAAGACCGAUGGGAAACCGGGAAUAACGUUGCACCAGUGACGUCGUGGUUGCCACCGUUUGUGACCUUCCAGCUGUCGCCAUCUUUGUCGAAGCCGGAAACCACCGGUUUAUCUCCGAUGUCGCUGUUCCUACUGUGGCUGAGGACAAAAACCAACGUUAGGACGUCGUUUCAGUGUGGGUCAUCACUGUUCGUGUUGCUACCAUCGCCAUACGCUAGUAGAUGGUUGGUUGUGUUCAUACCUCGAGCAAGGAUGCAUGUGUGUGCUGGUGUGUGUGUGUGUGUUGCGUGA